AUGAAUAUUGACCGUAGUUGGAUGUGGAGGCGUUUGGAUGAUAAUGGGUUUCUUUUAGAUGAAUUCGUAACAAGGGUUGAUCAGGAGUUCUUGAACUUUGCCUUUAAUAACCCACGAUUUCUGAAUAAUGGACAAAUCAAAUGUCCAUGCUCUAAAUGCGGCAACACAAGAUUUUUGAAUCGAAGUGAUGCGCAUUUACACAUAGUAAAAAAUGGAUUUACUCGGGGUUAUAAUAUCUGGUACGCACAUGGUGAAUCCGUGAACACAAGAGAUGAUGUGGGGGGUUCUUCAACCGCUCCUCAGGUAGAAACGUCUCGUUAUAGAACAAUGGUGAUGGAUGCAAUAGGCCAUGAGUUCAGCUCAAACUUCACGUGUGCUGAACAACUGCCUAAUCCAGAAGCACAAAAGUUUUUUAACUUAUUAAAAGAUGCUGACGAACCAUUAUGGGAUGGCUGCAAAAAUCACACAAAACUCUCUGCUGUGGCCCAACUAUUAAGUAUCAAAUCAGAGUACAAUUUACCUGAAGCUUGCUAUGAUCGACUUGUGUCAACAAUCAAAAGCAUGCUGCCUGAAGAUGAAAAGUUGCCAGAUAACUUUUACACGACCAAAAAACACCUAGGUAAACUUGGUCUAGGUUACGAAAAGAUUGAUUCUUGUGUAAACAAUUGCAUAUUGUAUUACAAAGAGAACAAUGGCCUUCAAGAAUGCCCUAUAUGUUAUCAUCCUCGAUACAAGCCAAUCAAGGCAGGAUCACGGAAAAGAGUAGCUUUCAAGGUGUUGCGUUAUUUGCCUUUGAUACCUAGGCUGAAAAGGCUAUAUGCAUCUAACUACACCUGUGAGCACAUGACAUGGCAUGCAAAUAAUCCUUCGAGCGAGGAAAGUAUGGCACAUCCAUCUCAUGGAGAGGCAUGGAAACAUUUCGAUCGCACUCAUCCAUCAUUUGCCUCAGAUGCACGAAAUGAUCUUGAUAUAUUUUUACGUCCAUUAAUAGACGAGUUGAAAAUAUUGUGGACAAUUGGGGUGCAAGCUUAUGACGUGUGCAAAAAACAAAAUUUCAACAUGAGAGCUGCUCUUUUAUGGACAAUCAGUGAUUUCCCUGCAAAUGCGAUGGUAUCUGGAUGGAGCACUCAUGGGUUGUUGGCAUGUCCUUAUUGUAUGGAAAGGACAAAAUCUUUCAGACUUCGUUAUGGAAGGAAGGCAUGUUGGUUUGAUUGUCAUCGUCAGUUUUUGCCUCCUGACCAUCCUUAUAGAAGACAAGCCUACAAGUUUCGGAAGGGAAAAUGUGAAAAUGAUUCUCCACCUAUGCGCUUAACUGGAGAAGACAUGCGACAAAAGGUGGAUGAGCUUCCUGAAACCAUCUUUGGAAAACCACCAGGUGGUACACACCCAAUUGAUGGAUUUGGCAGGACACAUAAUUGGGUUAAAAGGAGCAUAUUCUGGGAGUUACCAUAUUGGCACACAAAUCUUAUCCGACAUAAUCUGGAUGUCAUGCAUAUCGAAAAAAACGUCUUUGAUAAUAUCUUUAACACUAUUAUGGACGUUAAAGAUAAAACAAAAGAUAAUGUCAGAUCUCGAAAAGAUUUGGAGUUGUAUUGUAGUCGUACUGAGAUGCAUUUGUUUGAAGGUGCAAAUGGAAAAAUCUACAAACCCAAGGCACCAUAUACUUUAACUAAAGCACAGAAGAAAGAAUUGUGCUCUUGGAUAUAUAUACUUUAA